AUGGCCGACGCUCCACCACCUCCUCCACCACCUCAUGGAGCCAACCCAACGUCAACGUCCGGCGGUUUACCAGAGGGCAAUUAUGACAUCUUCAUCAUCCCGCCUCACAGCUCAGGUUCUGGAUUUUUGUACCUGCCUUCGCUGCAACCGCAACGCAACUCGUUCAUCGCUGGAUUCGCAUGCGCCAUCUUUUGCUACCUGGUAUGGAUAACGGCCGUGCCAGUUCUAGGCCAAUGGUUGUCAAUCAUUGCUGCGAGCGGAAGUGCCGGCGUGCUUCUGCUCGUCGCCGGUGUGGGCGCUGUUGCAUGGGCUUUUGGAAAGACUCAGGGUGAAAGCAAGCACCAAGGUCCCCACAGCCCACCUCCCCCUGGCGGUGCUGGUUCACAAGGAGAUGCAGGCACAGAGGGUGGAAGCAAGCACAGCAGAAGUCGCAGUGGUCCUUACAAUGCUUCGCAUUCCUCAGAUUCAGACCACACACAUUCCGCACCGCCUCCGCGCACCCCUCGACAAGACUACUCGACUCCCCCCCCAAGGCAGGAAUACAGAUCACCACCACAGUCGGAGUAUUACUCACAACCACCGCCUGAGCACAAUGCUCCUCCACCUCGACCCCAACCUCCACCAGAAUACGCCGCUCCACCACCACCACCACCUCGAUCAGAAUACAAUGCUCCCCCUCCACACACCGCUCCGCCACCUCCCAGUUCUCCUCCGCCCACACCGAGAUCCGCUGCGAAUCCACCGCCAAAACCAGCCCCUGCACCACAAGCCAAGCCUGUCCCACCAGAGCCUUCGCCAAGAUCUGCAUCUGAUGCUGCAGCAAGCUGGGAAAAGGCUCGUGAAGAAACUCGUAAAAGGGAGGAGGUCAGAAAGAAGGCAGAGGAGCUGAAGAAGGUCCGCGAAGAAGCGCUACGAAAGAAGGAGGAAACCGAACGACAAGCCAGAGCAGCUGCCGAAAAACUUAAAUGGGAGCAGGCCAGGGCACGUGAGAAGGAAGCCCGUGAGCGAGAAGCAAGAGAGCGCGAGCUCAAAGACAAGGAUACCAAAGACAACGAUGUUCGGGAGAAGGAAAAGCGCGAGCGUGAGGUCCGGGAACGAAUCGCAAGAGACAAGAGGGAAAAGGCUGCCGCCGCGGCAGAAGCAGCAAAGUCACCACCCAAGCCCAUCACACCUGCCGCCAAANAGUAUGAGCGUCCCAGUGCGCAAAGCUAUGCCAGCACCGAGACUACAAGUGCUUAUGACGCCCACACGGUCAUGUCUUCCUCAACGGCGUCAUCCUACACGGAAACACUGUCUUCAUAUGCACCCUCGACUUCUACCGCUCGCACCACUCCGCCUCCCGAGUGUCGUGGACCAUACAACACAUCUGACCCAGACAAGAUAGUCAUGAAGGCUGUCUACGUGUACAACAACACUGCACCGAAGAAGCCCAUAAGCCAGCUAGUUAGCGGCGAAGCCAAUGUAACUGAUGGCCUCGUCUUGAGGAUGAGCACCGAAGGCCUGUUCAUUGACGACGACGUACGCCAUGUUCCACAGCGAGAAUGGGACAUCAAAGCCUGGAGUCUCAAGGGCAUCGAGAAAGGAGUUUUGAACCCUCAUUGCAUGUUGCGUGCCACCAUCAGAGACACCGAAGGCAAAUACUGCAUUUUCGUCAUCCCAUCAGAUCAAGGAUGGAAGGUUGACAACGGAUUGGCUCGCCUGCGCAAAGGUAACUUGGUCCGCAGUAUGGGAAUGGGUAGCAUCAAGGCACCAGAGAUGAAAGGUUUGCUAAGCGACCUUGGUUGGAUCUGA